AGACCCGCGCGGCCGCAGGCGGGGUGAGGCAGCGAUGGGUGCCCGCGGCGGUUCGGGGCUGUACGUGGGACGCGGCACCGCCGCUCUGCUGGCCGCGCUGCUGCUGUCGCUGCUGGUCUCGCUGCUGGUCCUCGCCGCUCUGUACGGGCGCUGCCGGCAGCCGCCGCCCCCCGCCCGCCCCGCGGCAGCGCUCGGCCCCGACCCCGGCGUGCCCGGCGCCCCGAUGGGGUUCUCGCUCCGGCGGCUGCCGCCGCACCUGCUGCCGCUGCACUACGAGCUGGAGCUGUGGCCGCUGGUGCGGCCGGGAGAGGAGGAGCCCUUCGGCUUCAGCGGGCAGGUGAACAUCACGGUGCGCUGCCGGCAGGACACGCGGACCGUGGUGCUGCACAGCGUCGGCCUGCACUCCCACCGGGCCGCCGUCCGCGGGCCGCUGCCCCACGCGGGCGCCGCCGUGGAGGUGGAGGGGCUGCGGCUGGAGGAGGAGGACGAGCUGGCGGUGCUGGAGCUGCGCGAGCCGCUGGUGGCCGGGCGGCGGUACGUGCUGCAGCUGUUCUUCCACGGCCGCCUGCGGGAGGACCGCCACGGGCUCUUCCUCAUCCGCUACACCGACCUGGGCUCCAGCAGGAUGCUGGUUGCGUCCCAAAUGGAACCAGCGCAUGCCAGGAUGGUUUAUCCAUGUUUUGAUGAGCCUGAAAUGAAGGCCACAUUUGAUAUCAGAAUUAUCCAUGACCCAAGCUACGUGGCUCUUUCCAAUAUGCCUGCAAUUGACGUAUCUGAAAUGAAGGAUGAAAAUGGAAGCCUUUGGAGUGUUACCACGUUUAACACCUCAUUGAAAAUGUCAACGUACUUAACCGCUUUUGUGGUCUGUGAUUUGGCCUAUGUCAACAGAACGGAGCGAGGGAAUGAGAUUCGUAUUUGGGCUCGGAAAGAGGCAGUUAAAAAUGGGUAUGUUGACUAUGCUUUAAAUAUCACAGGCCCAAUAUUUUCAUUUCUGGAAGACUUACUUAACAUCAGCUACCCUCUGACAAAGACAGAUCUGAUUGCACUGCCUUAUUUUGGAGAAGGCGCUAUGGAGAACUGGGGACUACUGAUUUUUGAAGAAGAAACAUUGCUGUACCUCCCAAGUGACAAAGUCUCAGACAGAAAGACAGCUAUUGCCUUAAUUGUGUCACAUGAGCUAGCACACCAGUGGUUUGGAAAUCUGGUUACUAUGACCUGGUGGAAUGAACUGUGGCUUAAAGAGGGCCUGGCAUCUUACCUUGAGAACCUGGGAACUACCUUUGUUGAACCCAAGAUUUCACUGCAUGAAAUCUUCUAUGACCGCAUCGUAAAACCUGUCUUAAGCCAAGAACAUGACAUAGCAGUUCGAUCACUGUCAGAAAGUGAAGACAGGCUCAACGGAUUAUUUGCAUUAAUUACUCUGUUUGACAAGAUCUCAUACAACAAGGGGGCUUCAAUUACAUGGAUGCUUUCUGGUUUUCUGACUGAGAAGUUGUUUACCAGAGCCUUAAAUUCAUACCUGAAAGAAUUUGCCUUUUCAAAUGCCAACCAAGAUGAUCUGUGGACCCACGUACAGUUGGUAGUAGAUGCACAAGAUGAAGUUCAGUUGCCAGCAUCUGUAAAAAAAAUAAUGGAUUCCUGGACAUGUCAAAGUGGAUUUCCAGUUUUAACAUUCAAUAUAACCACCGGCACGAUCAGUCAGGAAAAAAUUCAUAACAAAAAGCGUGAAAACAGUACGGAUUUUUACAACAAUACUUGGAUUGUUCCUAUUUCUUGGAUGAGAAAUGGAUCAUCGCAGCCCUUAAUGUGGCUUGAUAACAGCAGCAAAGUGUUUCCUGAAAUGCAAGUGUCAGAAUCAGAAUAUGACUGGAUCCUACUAAAUGUAAAUUUAAGUGGAUACUACAGAGUGAAAUACGAUCAGUUAAAUUUGAAAAGAUUAGUACACUUGCUUGAAAAUGAUCCAAAGGCUAUUCCUGCUGUCAGCAGGUUCCAGCUGCUAGAUGACGUUUUUGCAUUGAGAAAGUCUGGAUAUAUUGAGAUUGAAGCUGCACUUGAACUAACAAAGUACCUUGCUAGAGAAGAUGAACUCUUCAUAUGGAAUGUGGUAUUGGUAAAUCUAGUGCCUGACAGCAUGGAUGGUACUCUGAAAAAUUAUGAAGUAUACCCACUUCUGAAGAAAUAUCUUUUAAAGAGAAUGUUGCCAAUAUACCGUUAUUACGCAGGUUUUAUUCGUAAAAAUGUUGAUGCUUUGGAAGAUGACUAUUUUGCUCAGGUGCAUUUGGGAAAUUUUUUUGCAAAAGCAUGCUGGCUGGGUCUCCAAGACUGUUUGGAUCUGUCAUCUGAGCUGUAUACUAAGUGGAUGGACAACCCUGAUUACAAUCAUAUAAUAUUGGCCAUGGUGAGUGAAUAUUUAAAGUUUAUUUAUUAUUUUUGUUUGCUGUAGUUGCAAAGAGGCUAACGUUUUAGCUUACUCCUACCUCUGCCGGUAUGUGAUUGGCUAAGUGCUUGUGCUUAUAUUUUGGUAGUAGUAAUUCAGUAAUCAUCUCAUUUUAAAGAUUUAAAAUACUGUACUUUGGCAAUAAAGCAGAAAAUUUAAUUAGACUAAACACACCCUGGAACGUUUCAGAGAGGAUUUUCCUUACUAUCCCACAAUAAAGGCAGUAAUGCUAUGUGGAAAUCUGAGACCGAUGCAAAAUAACUCCUUCAUUGAAAGUAUUCAACAUUUUCUUUUCUCAUGGAAUUCUGUGCACCUUGUCUGAGUUCAGGAGCUGAACAGUCUGUGAAGUGUCAGCUCAUUUACUUUUAAAUUAAAUGGAGAAGAUUAAUAUUGCUAUCCUUCAUGACGCUGAGAGAAGUUUGAAGAUGCUUUACAGUAUUGAACUUCAUGUGUUUAUCAGUAUAGAGAAAAAAAACAACAGUAGUUUUAUGAAGUGAAAGAAACAAACCACAUUUUAAUUAAAAAAAAACAACACAUGAAGUAGACAACUUAUUAGGUUUCAAAUACAAAAAAAAAAAUCACAGUUCCUUUUCAGUUAAAGAGGAGGUUUUACACACACUGGGUAGAGAAAGGACACAGCAAGCUUCACAGAAAGAUCCCUUUAGGUGGUCUUAUGUUCUCCAUUUUGAAAGCAGAACUCCUAAUGGUAUACCAUAGCUGCUUCAUCACAGGUGUGUGCUACCAUACCCAGUAGGAUUCUCAAAUAUAUGGAAGACAGUGGUGCUUCUUCCUUUCAGAUAAGGUGAUGAUCUUUCAGCGGAGCAUUUCCAACGAGUUUCUGACUUCCCAGAACAUCACUAGUCUUGGUAUGGAGUAUUAUUUUCACUUUUGUGAAAAUGCUGUCUCAAGAGCCAUGACACCCAUCCACUCUCUCAGUUUAGCUCUUUUUUUUUUUUUUGUUUGCUUAUGGGAGUGAAAUGGAGCUGUCUAAGUGACUGUAUUCUCCAUGGGGUUACUGGCUCAUCUUUCUCUUUUGAAAGAAAUAAAUGAGUCUAGUGUGAGGGAUAGCAUUCCUGUACGUUUCAGCUACAUCCUAAAGGCAACUGUGAAAUUCUGUUGCCAAAGGUCAAGAAAUCAUCAUGACACAUCUGCACUGACUCCAGGAAAAUGGUAUAGGCUAAUGUGCCAUUCUUUUCAGGAGUUGCUUUUUCCCCCCCCCCCCCCCCCCCCCCCCCCCAUCUUCCUGAAGGUUCACACGACAGAAUCCUGGUGGAAUUCUCAGACCACAUGACUACCUCUAAGAAAAAAAAAAACCUAUGAAAUUAAUAAGCUCAGCACUUCAAUUAACAUAACCCCAAACUCUGUAUGGACUUCCUUUCUGAACAGCACAACAUAGACCAGUUCAGGUCACCAUAGUUGUCACCAGCCAGUAGACCAGCGUCCCAUAGUAUGCUCCCUGUACAGCCUGCCUUCAUUGCUCAACAUCAGAGCUGCAGCCAAAGGAUACGUAGACUUCUAUACUCAGUAGCCAAUGUCUUCUUGAAACUAUUAAAACUACAAAAAAUAGCCACAUCUUAGGCAAGGCUGUUUUUCAUAAGUCAUCUUGAAAGGGUUAGUUAUACUAACUGCAUACCCUACAUACCACACAUGUGCCUACUGUGGCUUCUUUCUUCAAGAUUAUGAAAUGGUUCUUAAAAAAUUGCUUGCCUCUGUAACUCAAAUAAGAUUUGUCCUAGAAGAUUUCCUUGCAGAAAUACCCCUCAUCUUGACAUAAGCACUUAGUAUCAUCCAGCAUCAUUGUUGGUGGGAAGUUCCCUAUGCUCCAGACAUACCCAAAUAAAUAAAUUCAAAUUCCUUCUUUAUAAUUUUAUAUUUGUAAAUUUUAUAUUCAUAUAAAGCAUUCCAAUGCUUUCUAUUAUUAUGCCAGUGAAAUCAGGAUGGAAAUCCACUUCUUCAUGUAGGUAGAUAGUAGGAUAAGGAGGAAUGGUUUUAAUCCAGAAGAAAGGAGUUUCAGACUAAACGACAGGGAACUCUUCACUGAGAGGGUGGUGAGGCACUGGCACUGCUGCCCAGAAAACUGUGGGUGCCCCAUCCCUGGAGAAUUUCAAAGCCAGGCUGAAUGGGGACCUGGGCAG